AUGAGGUUGUUGGCCUUGGUGUCGACAAGUGUUCUCGUAAAUUUAGCAGCGGCAGCGACAUCAGAAGUCACCGGCUGCGCAGCAAUUGCGGAUGUUUUCAAAUCAUUUAGAUCUGCUCAUCCGACAGCGACAAAUCGUCCGACCUUCAAUGCCUCCGUCGCUCUUCAAUGCCUUGAAUCUGUGCCCCUAGAUGUACAACGAUCCUCGGACUUCGUUGAUUUCGUGGAGCCAUACUGGCAGUUUCAAAGUACCCUAGCCUAUCUCAAAGACCCUCCAGCAGAUUAUCCCUUGCCAGGUGCUGAUAUGCUAGGAGGUUUGGCUGAGAUUAAAGAGAAUAUCAAUUCGGGAUAUUAUGCAAACCAAUGGGACGGAUCGUUCACGUCUGGAGGAUAUCUUUAUGGGUUUUCAGCCGACGUUCUAAAAUACACUUUCGCCAAUGGAACUGUCGUAACCGCGAGAACUCAAGCAUCGACAAGCGUCAACUUCACUUCCAUAUCAUCAGGCCAGGAUUUGUUCAAUGCUGUGGAUCCACCGAAAACAGAAUCAAUUACUUCGAGUUCCUCAGUCUCAGAUAGUCGGCAGAGCACCAAAACUAAGACCGCAGUGAGAUCGAUUACAGCGCUUGCAGGCUAUCCAGAGCCAAUUGUGAUGCAUCCAGAUGGUUAUGUAAGCGGUUAUUUCCUCCAAGACACUAUGACUGCAAUAUUAGUGAUGCAGGGUUUUGUUGACCCUUACGAAACGGACGACGAUGCAGCACUCAAGCAGCAAAGAGUGAUUAGUGAAUUUCUAGCAGAAUGUAAGAAGGCGAAAAUGGAGUACUUGAUCGUGGACGUACAAGCAAACGGAGGCGGCGACGUGUUUAGUGGCUAUGAUGCCUUCAAGCAGAUUUUUCCUGCUAUUGAGCCAUUCGGGGCAUCACGAUACCGAGCCACACCAUUGGUCAACUACAUGGGUACUAUAUUUAGCGGUGCCGGAACUUGGAACGAGGAAGACCCCAACACGCUUAUUUAUGGUGACAACUUCACCGCGGAACUUCGUUACAACCUCUCCGACAUUGUCACAAUGUCCCAAUCAGCUGGCAUUAACGUGACUGGCUACCUAAGUAACAACGAUCCUCCACCAGCGGUCUUCAAUGCCUCAAACAUCGUGAUGCUUAUGGAUGGUGGUUGUGGAUCCACGUGUGCUAUUUUUGCUGAAAUGAUGAAAGCUCAAGGUGGUGUUCGAAGUGUUUCUGUUGGUGGUCGUCCGCAGCCUGGUCCUCAGCAAGGGGUGUGUGGCUCGAAAGGAACUCAAGUGUUUAAUUUUAACGGCAUUGCAUCUCACAUUGAAGCUCUACCAGAUGCACAAGCGUCUUAUCUUCAGAAAGGCCUCCCAUUACCAGAUUAUCCGCCCGCGGAAUACAUUCCCAAUAUCAAGGCCAAAGCAUCACUUGGAUCUACUUCAACGCUAAUGUCCGGUGGGCGAUUCAACCUUCGAAACAGCAUGCAUGAUGGGGAUGAAACAUUUACGCCUUUACAGUUUCAAUACGAAGCUGCAAAUUGUCGCUUGUUCUACACCAAAGACGAUAUCUAUAAUAUUACGGGAUUAUGGACGAGAGUUCAAUCAGUGGUAUGGAGAGGUCAACCAUGUGUAGCGGGUAGCGCUAUUACUGAUGAUGACACAAUGCCGCCCGGGGCUUACGAUACGGUACCAUUUGGAGCUUCCGCUCUACCAAACGUCGAGCUACCGGCUCGACCUGGAUUGGUACCUAUUGGCAAGGGAGUGAAAUCUUGGGCGAGUGAGAGUGGAAGUAGAGAGGAGAGUGCACAAAAGGCAUUUGUUUGGGCGAUCUGGAAUGGAUUGCAAUAA